AUGUCCAUAACUAUCGAGCUCUUGGCAGGCCUGGAGCAGCUCUCCAAAACGAAGAAGAGCGACCACGAAAUGCUUGUGACACACCCAGUUGACUUCACAGAAGUCGUUGACUACGUUGCCACAAAGCUUUUAGAGAAGCAUGGGAACGUAUUUACUGGUCCUCAGAGCAAUCUGGCCCCUGGGAUCAUCGCAUUGAUUAACGAUCAAGAUAUUACCGUACUGCCAAAGGAUACCAGAAUAAGGGCGGGAGACAAGGUGACAUUCCUGUCCAUGGUUCACGGAGGAUAG